UUCAAAGAAAUACAUCGCUUAUAGUUAAACAGACUACUAUAGAAAGAUCAAUAAUCAAUUUUCGGACUAGAAUACAAUCAAUAGAGUUACUGCCCAUUUAUACAUGGUGAAAUUGCCUCUCGAGAGUCCAGACUCGCUGUCAUUUUAUGCAUGAAAAUCAAGCCAAUUAAACUUCCGGUAGACUGAAUGUCGCGAUGCAGAUAGCAAUCAGUUCUAUUCAGUCCUGGAUAGCGCUCGACAGUCAUCAAUUGAUGAAGCAUGCUUUGUUUAGACGGAGUCAACGUCACAUCAUGCAGUAGCAGCAACGUGACUUCACUGACGUCUGGGACUGACUUGGAGGUUUAUGUCAUCAAAGUUAUUAUUGCUCUUCUCAUAACAUUUCUAAUCAACGUACUCAACAUCGUCAACUUAAUUAUAUUGAGGAGGAUGGUCUCCAUUAAUAAUACAGUGAAGAACUUGAUGAUCAGUAUGAGUGUAUCCGACCUGUUGCUUGGAAUCUUCGUUUGUCUUCCAGGGAUCAUUUCUGCUUUGCUUCACUUCUGGCCAUUUGCCUCAAUAUUUUGCCAAAUUACUGGUUUUAUCAACGGCAUGAGUAUAGGCGUAUCCUCCUGGUGCAUGACAUGUAUUAGCAUAGAGCGCUAUCUCGUUGUUGUACGUCCUCUUGGCUUGCAGUACAGACAACGCUCUUGGAUACUUCGACUUAUUCUUGCUUUGAUCUGGACAACCAACUCCGCUACUUUUGUCCUACCCAUGCUUGUCAACGAGGAGUGGACUUAUUACAAGUACGACGACGUGACCUUCAUGUGUGGAUUUGAGUGGGACCCCUACUGGAUGAUUUACGUUGCUCUCCUUGUGUAUCAGCUCUGUCCAGCUGUUGUCAGCAGCAUCUGCUCUGUUGGAAUCAUACAUUCUCUUCGAAUAAACCUUAGAGUAGCCCCAUCAACUUCUCGGGAAACACCACCAUUAGAGUCUUCACUUGACACCCUACGAAACUCGGACAUUAUGGAGGUUCAAAGCGAAGGACUAGCCAAUGUUAAAACCAUCCGCCAUAAUGCUCCUAUAAUUCAACCUAGAAACAUACUAGUGGAGUUAAAACUGAAGAAGGAAGCCAAAGUGACCAAAGUUUUGAUGCUGACUCAGACUGCUUUUUUUAUUUGCACCAUGCCUUAUGUUAUAACUAGCAUGGUGCAAGUGACUCAGUCCAUUGUUAUUACUUCGUUUAACAUGUUCAUCAUUUCGUGGUUUUUGAACUGUAACAGUUUUAUCAAUGUCUUUAUUUACUCUCUAACCUACCAAGAGUUUAGAACCAUUUUUAAAACAUUCAAACUGGUUCAACAAAUUAGGAAUGUGCUGCGCAGAAAUUAAAUUGAAAACAAUAAAUCUUUCGUUUCCUCAUUUGACUACAACACGUUGAAACAAAACGAAAUAUAAUCAAAAUAAUAUCACAUUAACAUAGUUACUCUUGUGACUUGAGUCUAAGAGAGCGUGUGUGUGUGUGUAAGAGAGAGUUGGGAGAGA